AUGUGUCAAUCCGUGCAGUUUUGGUGCAUCGGAUGCAGGGAAAUUCGCCCGGGACUCCAUAUCCAGACGUGCGAAAGAUACGACGCCGCCACCAACUCUUGUGUCGACCUCAAGCUCGAAAACCCGCCCUUGAGGCCCCAUCUCCAAUACUGCGACAACCUCAAGUGCAAAUACCUUGAUCCUGCCCUGGCUUGGCAUCCCGAUCGCCCAUUGUCCCCCGAGUCGCAAGUCUUUGCCGACCGCCUGAAGGAUGCCGUCAAAUUUGCGACCGCCCUCGAGGCUGCGCGUGCUCAAGCAGACAAGAAAGUUGACGCGCUUGGCGACUCUGAGAAUCUCGAGGCUCAAGCCUCCAAGUCCACCACCGGUGACACCUCAGGUAAUGUGGAAGUCUCUUCGUUAGUGUGCUCGGUACAAAUGCUAACAUCCCCUUCCUCAGUCGCAUCACGACCCCAGACCACGACGUCAAGUAUGCAUGCUGCUACUGUUCCUGAGAGUGUAAGCCGCAAUGGAAAUGGCCACUCCAUCUGCCCUGAGGAGAGAUCGACUCAACAGAGCAGCUCUCAGCGGCGGCAAGCUGGUGCUGGUCUGCCGCAGUCCGCGACGUCGCGCGGCGUUGUCCAAAAGCCUGUCCAUGCCGCACCUUCGCCUUUGCCUUCCCAAGGAAUCCGGCAAGGCAUCAUCAGCACGAGGGCCACACCAGAACCCUCCAAGCUGGCCGGAACACCAAAGCCGUCGUCGCAUCUCUCCCAACCCGGCCAUCCGGCUUCGGCUUAUGGCUCGCCAUCCAACAUCUUCCAGCAAGCACAUGCCCAUUGCAUCGUCCCACAACUCGGCGGCCCCGUGACGCCGGGCUCGAUAGAGCAGAGAGGAACUGGAUCGUAUGCUACGCCUGUGAAUGGCGGAUUGAGAGCGCCGGUUGGAAUGAGACCGACGCACAACCAGCAGGUGUUGAACAUGCCGGUCGUAAACCCGCAGCCAUCAACUUCAUCCGCCAGAACCCGACAGGCCAUGAAUCCUGGGCACCGGGCCAUCAUGGACAAGCUGCUGAACCCCAAUACCGUAUUGCCUUCCCGAAGCAGUCGCAGUCCCUCGGUACAACACGUCCAGCACAGCCACCAAACCCCCAAACUCAGCGCCACCCUCACGCCUUUGCAAUCUCAACCAGCACCGCCUGCAAGAACGUCCCAGUCUUCUACGGCCGGCAUGAAUGGGAUGUCGCCAGAGGUGGCUGAUUUUGUGAAGAGUCUCGAGGCCCAAGUCUAUGAAUUGCGUCGCGACCACUACCAACCAACGCCUCCCUCAAUCGGCAGCGAUUACGGGACAAUGAACAGCGGCACGAUGAUCAACCGAGCGAUGAACAAUGGCACGAUGACCAACGGGACAAGAAACAAUAGGAACUUGAUGUACCAGGAUCAGAACGUCCUCCCUGGCACCAACUCGCAGCAGGGCAUCCCCAACAACUACUCGCCUUUCCAGAGAGCCCUUCUCAAUCAAAGAUACACCAACUAUCCCCAAGGUCACGGCGACGGCCUAGUUGGCUUCGAUGCAUACCACGCCGGGGGGCAGCAAGUGUCUGCCACGUCCUCCGAUCCUUGGUCCAACCCGUGGGCCUCUGCGGGCUCUCAGUUCCCGCAAAUCGGUCAAGGCUACCCGCAGCAACAGAAUAUGAACAUGAAUCCAUCGCCCCAGGCAGGCGCCAUGCCCAUGCCGAACUCCAACGGCACCAUGAGAUCGUAUUCCGAGGCUUCCAAUGACGCAAAGAAGUCAUUCUACGGCGACGCACCAGGCGGGCCUGGCAGGGUACACCUCAGGAAACGAACGCCCAGUCAAGCGUAUGAGAGUGUCGAUGCAGAAUGGACCGUCCAGACCGACCCAGUCGCCUGCUAA